AUGUGUCCUCGGUGCAUUUUCCAAAGUGAGACAGAGCGCGACAUCACAGUAGAUGACAUCAAUGAGCUCAAAUAUCUUUAUCAAUGUGUAUGUGAAACAGGUCGCAUAACGCCAAGUUCGGGAAUCAUAGGAAGGAAAAUCGAUUUUGAGCUUGACCUCUGUGGUUAUACGAUACCGGCUGGUAUUACUUGUUGCAUAUCACCGUUUUACAUCAUGCGAGAUCCAGCGCAUUAUGACAAUCCAGAGAAAUACGAUCCCGAACAUUUUGCCCCGGAUAAGGUGAAAAAUCGUGACCCGUUCGCAUAUGUACCAUUUUCUGCAGGCAUUCGAAAUUGUAUAGGUAAUAGAUUUGCCAAUUUGGAAUUGGUAGUAACUUUGGCUCACAUUUUGAGACGUUAUCGAGUUAUUUCAAUGAUA